AUGAAUAAUAUCAAUUUCUGUUUCGCUCUGUUUUUUGCUCUCUCUCAUAUAGUGGGAGUUUCGUUGGCUUGGAAUGAUAGCAGAUACGUUCAUCCAAUUUGCACGCCCUUCGAAUGUGGAAAUCUGGGCCUCAUAGGAUUCCCUAUGAACAAUAUGUCGCUGACUGAUUGCGGAUUUUACACAGUUAAAAACUGCUCGGGACAGCCUAAAAUCCAGCUGAGUCGUGAAAAAGAAUUAUGGUUUGAUGUUGUUGCCAUAUCUCAGGCCAAUGUCAUCCAUAUCGAUGACCAAGAACUUCAGAAGCGAAUAACUGCUCGCGAUUGCACUAUUCUGGAUGAUCUAGCUCUUCCAAUGUCUUCUUUAUCUUCUUUAUCCACAGAUAAUAAUCUUACUAUGUAUCAUUGCACAGAUAAGCCUAUAGACGCUUUACCCCUUUUCAUUAGUUCAUUUAGUUGCCCUGGUUAUUACACAUACAUCGACACUAGUGCUUCACCCAACUGUCCCACUUCCAAGUCUAAAUUUGUUGUUCCAGUUCGUCCCAUUGGUCCCAAUAACUCAGCUGUUGAGUUUACUUCUAAUUUCCAACUUCAAGUAACCAUAUCCCUUCCUUGCCAGCAAUGUCUUCAGAGAGGAGGCCGAUGCUCGGAUACCCAAGGAUACAUCGUCUGUGAAGGUAAAAACACAAAAAGUAGAAAAGUUGAACCUAACAUAUCUCCUAAGAUUUGGGCGUUUGCACUAGGGAUGUUAAUCUCCAUCAUCGUCAUCUUCGUCAUCUUCAUCAUCUUCAUCAUCUUCAUCAUCUUCAUCAUCUUCAUCAUCUGCAACAAAACAAGGCAUGUCAAACAAAAAUAAAAUUAAUGAAAUCAUUGGAAGAUAUUCAAUCCACACUCCCAAGCGAUACACUUACUCAAAGCUAAAGAAAAUCACAGACUCCUUCAAGAACAAGCUUGGCCAAGGAGGAUUCAGCUCUGUCUACAAAGGGAAAUUACCCAAUGGCUGUGAAGUGGCAGUGAAACUACUGAAUGAAUGCACAGAAAACGGUGAAGACUUCAUGAAUGAAGUCGUUAGCAUCACAAGAACUUCGCAUGUAAACAUAGUCAACCUUUUAGGUUUCUGCUACGAACAGGGGAAAAGAGCAUUGGUUUAUGAGUAUAUGCCUAAAGGGUCAUUAGAUAAGUACAUUUUUCACAGAGGGCAACAAAAAGAAAAUGAAGAAGUUUUGGAUUGGAAAAUGUUGCAUAGCAUAGUUAUGGGGGUAGCACGAGGAUUAGAGUACUUGCAUCAAGGCUGCAACACGAGGAUUUUGCAUUUUGACAUCAAACCACACAACAUUCUUUUGGACGAUGACUUCUGUCCCAAAAUCUCGGAUUUCGGGCUUGCUAAGCAAUGCAAGGCUAGAGAGAGUCACGUGUCGAUGACGGGUGCAAAGGGGACUGCGGGAUUUAUGGCGCCAGAAGUAAUGUAUAGAAACUUUGGCAAAAUUUCGCACAAGUCUGAUGUUUAUAGCUUUGGAAUGUUGGUUCUUGAGAUGGUGGGUGAAAGAAAGAGACCACAUGAAUUAGGAGUUGGGGAGAUCAGUAAAGAAGAGUACUUUCCGGAUUGGAUAUAUAAGGACUUGGGAAGAAGUGGAAUAGAUGGAGCGCAUUGGUGGGGAAGAACAGAGGAAGAACAAGAAAUGGCAAGAAAAAUGAUCAUUGUCGGAUUGUGUUGUAUACAGACGUUGCCGGAGGAUAGGCCAUCAAUAACCGAUGUGGUUGCGAUGUUGGAAGGGAGUGUUGAUGACUUACAAAUUCCGGCCAAGCCAACCUUGUUUGGACCUCCUGCAAUCUUUCUUCAUCCUUCUUCUUCUUCUUCCUCUCCUUCAUCCUUGUAAUUAUGUAUAAUGGCUUUUGCUGCCUCUUCUUGCCUGUACUUAUAUUAAGGAAAGUUAUUUACAAAAUAGAGAAAAAGUCCAUAGUUUUAUAUAGCAACCAAACCCAAUAUAUUAGUUGAUAUUGUAAAAUUAGAUUUUGUUGAAUUUAAUCAUGUAUCGUCCAACCAUAUUGAUCCUA